ACAGGUUUCCCUAAGUCUCCUCGACUCACUGCCAGCGGAGGCCUGUCCGUGAACGCACCCUGAUCUAAUGAAGUUACGCUGGAUAAACGUGCCACGCGCCAGAUCAGUGCGCGUGCACGCACGUUGCACCAGCGCAGUUUCCCACAGAGACCGUGUCAGGACGAACCUGUCCGCUGGUGAGACGGGGAGAACCACCGGAACCAGGUCCACGGUGCGAGCAAGUCUGACGGUCCAGUGGGAGGACGGGGGCUGUGACAGAGAGGCUGCCCACCACCAGACAUGUGUCAACCGUUCACAGCAGGUCCAUUGAGCAGAGCUGUUACAGAAAACCGCACCAUGGACCCGCUUUUCUCCAACGCUGGCGCCGGUGGGAGGAAACGGCCUCUAGGGGAGGGCAACGCCGGGCAAACCCGCUCCUGCUACAAGCCCAGGAAGCGUAAGCGGGCGCCUGAGCCCGUGGCUCCGAAGAGCGGCCUGGUGCGGCUGAACGAGAUGAGGCCCGGGCCGCGGUACCGGCUGCUCUCCCAGACGGGCCCGGUCCACGCUCCCGUCUUUGUCAUGGCUGUGGAGGUGCGCGGCCAGCGCUUCGAGGGCUCAGGUCCGACCAAGAAGAAGGCCAAGCUGGUGGCUGCGGAGAAGGCCCUGCGCUCCCUGCAGGUUCCCGAUGCACCUGAACGCCACACGGCCCCGGGUCGGACUCUGCCGGUCCACACAGACUUCACCUCGGACCUCACCGACAUUCCACAUGUGCUCUUCAAGGCGUUUGAGACGUCCGCGACCGCGCGACCCUCGUUUGGCUUCACUUCCUGUAGGCCGUUGCCACCCCCUCCCCCCACAGACCCGCCACUUCCUGCCUCCAUCAAAAACCCCGUGAUGACCCUGAAUGAGAUGAGGCCGGGCCUCAAGUACGACUUUGUGUCGGAGAGCGGGGAGAGCCACACUAAGAACUUUGUGAUGUCAGUGAGGGUGGACGCACAGGAGUUCCAGGGUUCUGGGCGGAACAAGAGGACGGCCAAGGCCCGGGCCGCUCAGGCUGCUCUGUGCGCUCUGUUCAACGUGAGGCUGGAGCAGGCGCCGUCCCAGCAGCCGAUGGCCACAGGGGGACGGCAGCUCCACCUGCCACAGAUUCUGUCGGAGGUCGUCUCACGUCUGGUCAUCGACAAGUUCAGAGAGCUGACGGACAACUUCACGUCCCCACACGCUCAGCGAAAAGUCUUGGCUGGUGUCGUCAUGACGACCGGAGCAGAUGUGAAUGAGGCUCAGGUCAUCUGCGUGUCCUCCGGAACCAAGUGCAUUAGUGGCGAGUGCGUGAGCGACAGAGGUUUGUCCGUCAACGACUGCCACGCUGAGGUCGUGGCUCGCCGCUCCCUCGUCAGGUACCUGUACUCUCAGCUGGAGCGCUUCCUCGGUAACGACGAUGAGGAGCAUCGGACCUCGAUCUUCACCAGGUGUGAAAGCGGCCGAGGCUUCAGGCUGAAGGAGAACGUCCAGUUCCACCUCUACAUCAGCACGUCGCCCUGUGGAGACGCUCGCAUCUUCUCUCCCCACGAAGCCGGAUUAGACGUGGGAGGAGGGAGGGCCCGCGGGCAGCUGCGCACCAAGGUGGCGCCGGGUGAAGGAACCAUCCCGGCGAGCUGCAGCCCAGUCCAGACGCGGGACGCGCCGCUCCGGGGGCAGAGCCUGUCCAUGUCCUGCAGUGACAAGAUGGCCAGGUGGAACGUGCUUGGCUUCCAGGGCUCCCUGCUGAGCCACUUCACGGAGCCCCUCUACUUCUCCAGCGUCAUCCUGGGCAGCCUGUACCACGCCGCCCACCUGUCCAGAGCCAUGUACGGGCGGCUCGCGGGCAUAGGAGGCCUGCCCCGGUCCUACCGCCUGAACCGACCUCUGCUCAGCGGAAUUAGGAACGCCGAGGCCCGGCAGCCCGGCAAGGCGCCGGGCUUCAGCGCGAACUGGUCGCUGGGGGACGCGGGCCUGGAGCGGAUCGACGCCGCCACGGGGAGGGACGACCGGGGUCGGCCUUCCAGGCUCUGCAAACGGGCCCUGUACGGACGCUGGAUGCGCCUGCGCGCCCAGCUCUGCUCCACACACAGCAUGACAGCUGCGCUGAGGCCCAGCAGCUACCGCGACGCCAAGCGGGCGGCGCCGGACUACGGCUCGGCCGCGCAGACCCUCAUCAGAGCCUUCCACGCGGCUGGACUGGGUCGCUGGGUGAAGAAACCCGCAGCGCAGGACCAGUUUGACCUGAUCGGUGGCGAUUAACCAGUAGAGGUUCCACCUUUAGCUCUACUGGGAAGAGGAGGAACCAGGAUCCACUGAUUCACCUUCACGUUAAAGGUGCUGAACCACUACGUCAAUGGUGUUCCAGUGAUUUUACAGUAUUAACAGAAGCCUUUUCCACCAAAGUUUGAUAUUGGUCUAAAAUGUGACAACAACUUAAUGUGAUUUGUCUGUUUUCUCUAAAGUAUUAUCAGGAAUGCUUGGAUCGCUGGGUGUAAACUGGCUCCUUAACGGUUAACAAAUGGUUUCCAACAUCAGGAUGUGAUGGAUUCCUCGUGUCUGAGAAGUAAUUUGAAUUCAGUUUGAUGACAAGGAGUCAGAAAAAUGUUGGCUUUACCUGGAAAAACAGCAGCGUGAGAUAAGAGAAACUAAUCAUUAGUCAGAUCCCAAAACAGGAAGAUUCUCACUGCUGCUGAUAAGCUUAAAUUCAGGCCUCCUUUCAGGAAAAAGCUGAUUUGUUUUUGAGCGUGAGUCCAUUCGUCCAGGAGCUGGAGGAGGAGACUCCUGCAUCAAACAGGCACACAAAUACAUUCUUCUGAGUCUCCUCACCUCCAGACAUGUACAGACGCUGGUUAAAGGGGAGGGAGCUGGUAAACACCACCCUGCCGCUGCCUAAAAUGUUCAAAUGUCAGCAUCGGAUGUUGUUCAUGUGCUGUUGUGAAUGAACGGUUUGCGAUCCCUGUGUUUUAUACAUGUGAGAAAGUUUUGGUUUCACUCGUGAUCAAUGACAUUGUUGCUAAGCUGUAAACUGGCCGCACUUACGCAACACAAGACGUCUGAAUAAGAGAUUUAACCAUUAUAAAAAUAAAUAUUCAAUCUGUACUUCAUUCAGCAGUUUCUCAUUAAAUGACUCAGUUGUUGUAAAACUUGUGGUUUUUCUGCUUAUUGUGAACUUUUACUGGCUGUGUCUUAGGACGUGCUGCUAAAAAUAGAACGCACACAUGCUCCACACUGAGGAACUUUUACUCUUCAUGAGUUAUUUCCUGUUACUAAUGGGGGCAGUCACCAUGGCGACUCAUCUCCUCCCCUAUAACCGCAUAUGGACCCCACUGAUAAAACAUUCACCCUUUUGGAAUCAACACUAUUUUUAUCCUGGAUGUUUGAAUCCAAAUGAGGUCAUUUCAUCAAUCUAAUUCAGUCACUGUAAAGUUUAAUUAUAAUUUUUCCCAAAGGAAAAGCGCAAAGUUUGAAGUAUGAAAACAUUCUGUGAACUAUGAACCUUAUUGUCUUUUUGUGUUUG